GACAGCGCGAAGGUUUCGAAGAAGCACUAUUAUCAUGUAUCAUCGUGUACUACCUUGCGUUCACUUGCUCCACCUUGAAGAGGUGUAUGAAAUAAUAGGAUAAAGGUAGAGAAAGAGAAAGGCAAGUGGAAGUUAAGUUGAGUUGAGUUAAGUUGGGUUGAAUUGAGAGUUUAGUGGAGUGGAGCCAGGAGUGUUAGUGGGCAUAAGCCUGGUCCAUUAAACAAAACAUGGACGCCGUAGAAAUAAGUACGUCGGAUCCACCGCAAAGUGAACAAGAAAUUGUGUCUACCGUGGAGAUAUGUCGUAUAUGUCUUCUUGGUAAUCUGGUGAUGCGAGAUCUCUUUCUGGGAAAUGAGGUCGCCUCUUUAUCGGCUAAAGCGAUGAGUUUCGCGAACGUUAAGAUGUUACCAGGAGAUGGCUUACCUCCUCGCGUUUGUAACGAAUGUGCAGAUAAACUUGAAUCUGCAUAUGAAUUUAAACUUCAAGUCGAACAAGCUGACAAUGUAUUAAGAGAAAGAUUCGAUGGUAUUAAAGAAGAAUUAUUUUUUAACGAAGUUGAAGUACAUUUGGAGGUAGAUAGAAAUGAAGCUAUCAAUGAUAUUCAUUUAGAAUCUCAUUACCAACAUGCUGCUGAAGUAUUGACAGAGGGAUCAGAAAAUGAAAAAUCUCUCUUGAAAGAACAAUUGGCAUUGUUACAAGUUGAAAAAUUGGUAGAAAGAGAACAAUUAAGAGAAGAAGAAAAUAAUUCACAAAUAUUGGAGCAACAAGGUAUAAUGAACAAUUCUCAUAAUCAAGAAAAAUACACUAAUCAAAUAGAUGAAGAUGCUUGUACGUUGGUGAAUAAUGCAGAAAAUCAAGAAGUAUUAAAAUCAGAUGGCAUUAAUGAAAACUGUACAGAUGCGAUUCCUGCAGAAGAACAUGAUUAUAUUAUGCAACAGGAUUAUGUUAUGAAUGAACAAUUUUCUUCUGAAGAAUCUAAACCAUCUAAAGAGAAUAUAACGCAAUGCAAUGAACCGCUUACGGAAUCAAAUAUACUUGAAGAUUGUAAAAUGGAUACAGAACAUAUGCCGCUUACAAAUAUUGACACGCUUGUUGAAAAAGACCUGUCUCUGACUGAAAUUAGAAAAAGUAAACGGAAAUCAUCGCGACGAAAUUUUACAAGUGACAGAGAUUCCGACGAAGAAAAUUAUUUCGAAAAUUUAAAUCUUAGUUCUCGUCUUAAAAGAGCACAAGCCGAUAGAUCAGAAAAGAUUUACUUUAUGUGUUAUCUUUGCGACAAACAAUUUCUUUCUAAGAAUGUAUUGAAAGAACAUAUGCAUUCACAUGAGGAAAUUAGGCGAGCUUUGUCUCUUAAAAAAGUGCCUGAAAAAUCAUCAAAAGUAUCUAAUACUUCUCCAAAAAUGCCACCAUCUGGGAAAAGGGCUAACAAGUGUCCAUAUUGUGGGAAAGAAUAUUUAUACAUAAUUUCAUUCAGCAAACAUCUUAAGCAACAUGAAAAAGAAAAAGAAAAUGCUAAAGAAGAUUCCAUGCCCCUUGAAAUAUCAUUUCACGAAGACGAACAUAGUUUAGGUUUUGAUAACCAUAAUAAUUCACAAUAUUCGGAUUACGCAUGUAGAAAGACGGCGAAGCAAGAGGAAGCAUAUAAUGAGAACGAGGAGGAGAAAGAUGAUCACGAAACAGAAAAACAAAGAAAGAAAUCUCACUUGGAAACGUUUGAAUGUGAUAAAUGUUCUGAAAAAUUUUAUACGAGACGAAGUUUAAGAAAGCACGCACUUUCACACGUUAACUUAAAAUGUAAUGUCUGCAAUGAAAAAUUUGACGAGGUUGAGCAAUUAAAAAAUCAUCGUGCAAAACAUGUAGUAGAAGGUAUGUUAAUGGAUCAAGAUUUAGAAGAAGAUAUAGAACACCAUAUAAUUAACAAAGACGAUGAAGAACUAGAUAUUAAAGGCGAUAAUGAAGACGAUUCAGAAAUUGAGAAUAAUAUUGACGAUGUUCAAGAUAAAGAAAAGUGGGCAGAAACAAAAGAGUCCAAAUGUCCGCACUGUCCGUCAACGUGUUCUCACAAAAAAUCUUCGAGGCACAUUGAAACACACACGGGUUCAAAAUACAGUUGUAAAGUAUGUUGUCAACAAUUUACAAGAAAAGAUCAUUUACGAAGGCAUACUGAACAGCAUGGAAGAAUAAAGACAUAUAAAUGUACGCAAUGCAAUAAAACAUUUGGAAACGAAUUGACUUUACGUAAUCAUCUAAUAGCAACCAAUCAUAAGACUUUCGUUCAUGGACAAGAAUAUGAUCCUAAUAAACGUAUAAAACGAGUGGCAGCUAAAGCUGCACAAAAGAUUAUUGAUAAAAUAAAAACGGAAGACGGUUUAGAGGAUUAUGACGAAGAUGAUGAUAAUAAUGAUAUAAUCGAUAUGGACAUUCGUCAUAAUCGUAAGCAAGAAAAUUCUUUUAAGAAAACUAAUAAUAGGAAGGAAUUAGAAUGCGCCACUUGUAAUAAAAAAUGUAAUUCGAAACAAACUCUGACAAAGCAUAUGGAGCAACAUGUAAAAGAUGAAAAAGCAGAGAAAAUGGAUAGAUUGGACAAGUUUAAAAAGCCAGCAGAAAAAAAGGAACAACAAAGGAUAGGUGGUGGUAUGGAAUUAGGAAAGGACGAAGACGAUGACGAUGAUAAUUCAGAUUUUGAAAGUGGUUUGGAUUGGCCGAUGGAUAAUCACGAAUGUGCAACAUGUAAAAAAAGAUAUAGUACGAAAAAGUCUCUAUUGCGACAUCAAUUACUUCACGAGGAACCAAAUUUCGAAUGUGAUAUAUGUAAUGUCAAGUUUUAUCGUAAGGAUAAAUUAAAAGCUCAUUAUGAUAAAUGCUCAGAAAAAAAUCCUGAUCAAGUUAGGAAGUGCAAUAUUUGUGGUGAUAGUUUUGAAAAUAAUGAAAUGCUUCGACAACAUAGAGCUAAACAUGUAACUGAAGGAAUAUUAACAGAGGAAGAUUUAAGAGAUAUUGAACCACGUCCUGAAGAAAGAAAGCAAGGAGAGAAAAUUGUUAGAAAAAGAAGGACAGAUAUAGUAGGCCUUGAAUGUACAGAAUGUAACAAACAUUAUACAUCUAGGAAAGGUCUAUUACGUCAUAUACAAGUACACGAAGGUAAGAAAUAUUUAUGUGACAUAUGUCCAAAGAAAUUCUAUAGAAGAGAACAUUUAAAAAUUCAUGUAGCUAAGCAUAAUAUGAUUAAACCGUAUAAAUGUACAAGAUGCACAAAACGAUUUAUUAAAGAAGAACAGCUUACGAAUCACUUAUCGAAACACGAUAGGCCAUUUAAGAAAAACAAAGAAACGGAUAGUUCAAAAAGAUUUUUAUGUGAAAUCUGUUCUAAGAGUUUCACUCAAUCGACUACUUUAAUAGCACAUUUAAGAGCACAUAAUGGUAUAAAGCCAUAUGUUUGUGAAGUAUGUUCUAGACCUUUUACAACAAAUGCAUAUCUAAAAAUGCAUAUGAGGACGCAUACACAGGAAAGACCAUAUAUAUGUCAGUAUUGUUCUAGAGCAUUUGCCCGAGCUGAUACUCUUGCUAAUCACUUAACAUCGCAUACCGGUGAAGCUAAGUAUCAUUGCAAAUAUUGCCCAAAAAAUUUCCGUCGAUUAAAGUCGUUAAAAGAACAUGUUUUUAUUCAUACUGGUCAAAGGCCAUAUGCAUGUCCAACGUGUGAUCGUAGAUUUAAUAACAAUGGUAGCCGUUAUGCCCAUAGUAAACGAUGUAAACAAAACUUUUCGCAAAAUCAGAAUCGCACUCAAACCCUUACUGAAGUUCAAACGCAACAACCACCACAGAGAAUACAACAGACUCUUACUCAAGCACAGGUGGUUAAAGCACCAAACAUUAAGACCAUUACUAUUACUAGACAAGCUGAGCCAGUAACUACACAACAAAUAAUGCAACAUCAAGAAAUAUUAAUGCCACUUAUUCUACCACUCACUGUAACUCUCGCAGAUGUAGGUGAUGAAGUGAUAUUACCCGAGGGUACAAAGAUAUUUACAACGUCGUAAUAUGUCUAAAGAUUAUGCUAACAAAA